AUGGACGACAUUUCAUUAUCUGACAGUGAAUUACCAUUACCAAAACAAAAUAAAGAUAAAGUAUACAGCUUAUCAAUCGAUGAGGUAGAUGAUAAUCCCGAUGAAUUAAUAGAUUUAAGAGGUCAGGGAAGAUAUUUUGGUAAUUCCGAGGAUUCUGCUAAUCUUAUAAUAUGCUCGGUUUGCCAUGAGCCUGGUCAUAUGAGAGCAAGUUGUAAAUCGGUUAUUUGCCAUUCAUGUGGAAUGCUUAAUGAUCAUUACACUCAACAUUGCUUAAAAACUUCGGUUUGCACCAACUGUGGUGAAAAAGGCCAUUUUAGAAACAAAUGUACAAAACAACAAAGAAGAAUUUAUUGCAAUAAAUGCGAUUCAAGACACCAUAAUAGUGAUAGAUGCCCUUUAAUCUGGAGAAGUUAUAUUGUAACAAAUAAACACAAUGAAAAGGUCUUGCCAAUGGUUUUAAACAUUUAUUGCUACAAUUGCGCUAAAAAGGGCCAUUAUGGUGAUGACUGUGAUUUAAAGAGAAAUUCAAAGGUUCCAAACACUGAUGGAAGCGCUUUUUCGGGUGAUAAUUUACCGGGGGUUUUAAGAGAUAAAUAUUGGACUGCUUUGAAGAAAAGAAACUAUGAUGAUUAUAAUUAU